AUGAUUUGUAGAAUUUAUUUUAUUAAUAUGGCGGAUGAGGUAGCUGAUGAAGUUAAUCUAUGGGUAGAAAAGCAAACGAACAGGCUUAUCAAACAACUCCUUCCUCCUAACUCAGUUAACAAUCUGACAUGGCUAAUCUUUGCAAAUGCAAUCUACUUUAAGGGAGCAUGGCUCGAGAAGUUCAACCGCUCAUCCACAGUAGAUGCCGAUUUCCAUCUCCUUGAUGGCAGCACAAUUACCGUUCCUGUCAUGACGAACGGCAAAACACAAUUUGUGUGUCAAUAUGAUGGUUUCAAAGUACUACAACUUCUCUACUUACAAGGUGAAGAUCACCGAGAGUUUGCAAUGUACUUUUACCUUCCGGAUGAAAAAGACGGGCUCCCAUCUUUAGUAGACAAAAGUAUAGACAAUAAAGGUUAA